UUUGGUGAUGGUGGUACUGAGGAUUGAACGUAGGGCCUUUGCACUGAGCUACAUUUCUAACCCUUUUUUAUGUUAUGGCAGCAUUUCAUUAAUUUGCUAAAGUGCCCAGACUGGGCUUGAAUUUAUGGUCUUCCUGCCUCAGCCUCUCCCAAGUAGCUGGGACUACAGUGUGAAGCACUGCCUCCCGUAUACUCAAAAUCUCCUCCAGAGUGUUCGUGAUCCCUAGUGCUGUGUAAAUAUGUGUCACACUGCAUCAUUCAGGGAAUAAUGACAGGAAAGGGCUACUCGUGUUCAGCACAGACACAGCUCUUCUAUCCUGCGUGGUGGAGAAUGCGCGACAAGAUGGGCCGACGGGAAUCACAGCACCAGGCGCCAUGGUGCACACCUUUAGUCCCAGCUUGUGGGAAGGUGGGGCAGGAAGAUCACUUGAGUCCAGGAAUUCAGGGCCAGCCUGGGCAACAUGCUGAGACCUCAUCUCAAAAAAAAGGACGUAUUAUCCUAGCACUUAGGGAAGCUGAGGCAGGAGGAUCACAAGUUUGAGCCUAGCCAGGACAAUUUAUCAACUUAGACUGUCUUAAAAAGUGAGAAAAAAGGAAUUAAUUAAUUAGAAAAUAAAGUGGGCUGGGGGUAUAGUUCAGUGCAGACGCCCUAGGUUUAUUCUCCAGUACCACCAAGAAAUAAUCUCAAGACAACAGCAGCAGAGCAAGUCUCCCACAGACACUGGCCCACCUGCCCCUCCCCUUCCAUCUCUUCCUCCUCCUCGGGUGGCUGGGGCUCAGUGCGGUGAUACCAGCCUCUAGACAGGGCCUGGCACACACAUGAACUCAGUAAAUGCUCACUAACAGUUGGCAAUUGCUAAGUCAAACAAAGUACGUCAUUCUAUGCUGUAUUCCUUUAUCGGUGAGAGCAGGUGUCAUUUCGUAUAUGUUGACAGCUUCCUUAGUGACCUUUUUAAUGUUCAUGACCCAUUUCUUGCAGGGCUUUGGUCUGAGUUUGUCCCUGAUGGUGGAGUUCAGGACUGGGGGCAGCCAGGCUUAUGGUGAGGGCUCUGGUGCUGACUGCAGACGUCAUGUUCAAAAACUAAAUCUGCUCCAGGGACAGGCUUCUGAGCUGUCACUCAGGAGACGAAGCCUGAGCACAGCAGAGUCUCCACGUGGCCUUGAUGUCCAGGACUCAGGUGAUGCUGAGGUCACCUCUGAAUCACAGGAGGCAAAUACUGGCUGCUGGUUCCCGAGCUCUGCAUGCGGCAGCACCAGCGAGCCUGGUCUUUGGAGGGAGCAGCCCGGCCCGGCCCCACCAGUUACAGCCCCACCUUCUAAGUGGGCACGAUUUCUCCUGUCACCUGGAAACAGCUCGAAGGUGGACACAGAGCCACUAGCAUCCAUACAGACAGGACCCAGGCCAGUAAGUCCAGCACAGGCUGAGCCCCCCAGUGAAGGCCGCUUCUGCAGGCCCGCCACCACCGCCCCACCUCCUCAGGCCACACCAGGCCCAGGGAGGCCCCGUGGGGAAAUCUUAAAGCAGGCCCCGGCAAUGGGGACCUCUUGGGGAGAGGGUGGGCCCGGAAUCCAACAGCCUCAGCGGGCCCCACCCAUGCAACUGUGCAGCCUCUUUACAACUGGGGAGGACUUUGACGAUGACCUGUAAGGUGAGACAGCCUGUGCUGAACUGGUGUAGGCCCGUGUGAAUCACCCGAGAGCACGACAGGCCAACAGUGAAUACUCCGCCGAUAGACACUAAGGGCAGCACCAUGGGUUAAAGUGCAUACGCCGUUUAAUGACAGGUGAUUCCAGAUCAGCGAACAGGGUGGCUACAAAGGAAUUUCCUUAAAGAGCGGUUACUACAUUUAGACAUGAGACUAGAGUGGUCACGCAGAAGGCCGCUGAGUGACAUCCCUCACCAGCCCCUCGCCACUUCCAACAGGAAACGCGCUGGCCUGGGCCUCACCUCCCCCAGGACUCACGAGCGGUGACGGCACCCAACAGCAUCAGCUAGGGGUCUAUGAUUAGUCAUUUGUAAGAAAGAAAAAGCACAAGGCCAUGAGCAAGACAUGUCUGUGCUGGUGACAUGGCAGGGGCAGCAGAAGCCCUGACUCUGUCACCCAUGCCUGAGUCUCCUGCCCUCCCGCCCCAUGGCUCGUCCCCACCCCAAGAUUCUGGAAGGACACCAAGAAAGUGGCCCUCACAGGCUUGCUGCUCUACACUACUUAACGCCACCAGGAGGCAAGAAAGCAGGCCAGACCAGGCUAGACCAGGGCCACGAGCGCAUCACAACGGCGGUGGGUGCUUCGAAUAUUGGAUGGUGUCCAGCGCAGCCCCAAUGUCAUAGUUCUUGGUCUGCAGGAGCCGGGUGAGCCAGCCACCUUCAUCUGAGAACCCCAUGGACAGCAUCUGCGACAGUGACUCAAUCAGCCGGGGGUCAGCCUCUGCCAAAACAGGGAACAGGAGGUGCAAGGGUCAGCGCCGAUCGUGUACGUGCAUCCUGGCCCAACCUUGGCUCGCAGGGGCAGUGGCGUACAGUGCAGACCCCACAGGCCCUGCUGCUCAGGAACAGCCAUACUGUGUGUCCCGUGAACUUCACCACCAGGCACCAUGGCCACUGUCUUAAGUGACUGAGUCACUGCUACUGAGGAGGCUAAGACAGGAGGACUACUCCAGCCAAGCAGUUUGAGACCAGCCUGAGCAACACAACCACCAUCUCAACCAGCAAAGCAGAGAAAGAAAAGCACCGCCUCCCCACAGACAGUGACCUGAAUCUCAUCUUGGCUAAGCAUGUCUCCCCGCCCCCCCCACCACAAAUCAAACUUGUGACCUUGUGCUGAGCUAAAUCCCCAGCCCCAUGAAUCUCACCUUGGGCUUGCAUGGUUUCAGACUCUUCUUACCAUUUAAAGUUGGAGAAUCUGCCCCCCAGGCUCCCGCGCAGGAGCCAAGCACCAUCACAGCCCAGACACAGGCCACUCUCCAGGUGCUCUGGACAGUACUGCCUGGGCGGGAGCGUCACCCUGGGCGCCUUGGCCUUGUGAGGUGGCCCACUCACUUGGUGCCUGUGGGCACCAAGGUGGCCAGCCCUCCACAUGCAAGCCAAACCCAACGCUGCCUCCACUGGGGCUGUCCCCAGCAGCUCCCUUAUGAAUUUUGAGACAAGGUCUCUACAUCACUAAAUUGCCCAGGCCAGGUUUAAA